AUGCGACAUAACCCAGUGCGAGCUUGUAAUGCUGAAGCAGUCAUAAAAAGUUUACAACAGUUUAUAUUAACCUAUGGAGUACCUAAGAAAGUCAUCAGUGACCGAGGAACAGCUUUUACAGCUCGACAAUUCGGUGAAUUCUGUAUGAGUAAAGGCAUAAAUCACAUACUAACAUCAGUACGACAUCCGCAGUCUAAUGGACAGGUGGAGCUGGUUAACUCAACAUUAGUACCAGUAUUGCAAGCAAAUAUGCAGAACGAUAAUACAUGGGAUAAGAAUAUACUUGAGGUGGAGAGUCAACUCAACAAUGUGCAGAAUAAAACAACAGGGGAAACACCAUUUCGAUUUUUACACGGAUAUUAUCCAAGUUUCCAUGAUGGAAUACUAAGACAUUUAGUAACUGAGGAACAACCAACGGAUGUAACUAAACUGCAAGAAAAGGCCAGAGAAACAAUUGAAAAAGAACAAAGAGUAUGGAAGACCAGAUAUGAUGCCAAACACAUUACACCAGCCCAAUAUAAAGUAGGGGAAGUAAUUUUUCUGAGAACUCCACCCAAACACACCGGAGAACCAACCAAACUGCAGCCAAAGUAUAGAGGGCCGUUUGUAGUCAGUAAAGUGCUACCCAAUGAUACAUAUCAAAUUACUGAUGUUAUAGUUAAAGACGGACGACAAUACAGGACAACAGUACAUGCAACACACAUGAAAGGGUACAAAUUGGGACCAGAUUCAGAUGAUAUAGGAGAAAAAAUAGACAACACCAGCCAGAAAAGAGAAGAGGAAACUGGAACUGAAGACCAGAGACAACAGGAAACGGAUGCAGUCAAACAAGAGUCACCAACCAGGACUAGAGUGAGGAAACCGCCUAAAUGGAUGGAAGAUUAUGUUUAA